CCUGAGCAAGAGCUGCAGCUCCGCACCCACAGCGCCUCCUCUCCUCUCCUCUCCUCUCCUCUCCUCUCCUCCGCUCCGUGAACAUCUGCAGAACAAUGUGAAGAACCUGCAGCAACUCUUUAUUACUUUAACAUGGCAUCGGAAGUUUGGAGCGCGUGCGCUGCACUUCUCCUCGGGUGGGUUGUGUGUUCUAAUCCCGCGAGCGCCUUCCUCUACAGCAACCGCUAUGUCGGUGAUCAGGUUCUGAGAAUAAUUCCCAGCAGUCCCGGGGAGAUCCAUUAUCUCAAACAGCUUUUUCAGAACAUAACGGUGGACCUCUGGCAGCCCAGCAGCUCUAACCUUAUCCACGAGGGCAAAGCGGUGGACGUCCACGUGGGACGAGACAAGACAGCACGUCUCAAAAAUCUGCUCAGACGGGCGCACGUUCAGCAUGAACUGCUUAUUUCCGAUGUACAGAGGGAAAUGGAGAAACAGACAGGGUACCUGUCAAACAGAAAGCGCAGAUCAGUGUUCCAGUACGAGUAUGAAGUGUAUCAUCCGCUAGAGGAGAUCCAGAGUUGGAUGUUUGAAAUGAACCGGACACACCCACACCUGGUUGACUUGUUUUCUAUUGGACGAUCCUAUGAAGGACGGCCCCUUUACGUGCUCCAGUUAGGAAACAGAGUUCGGAGCAGUAAGAAGACCGUGUGGAUGGACUGCGGCGUUCAUGCACGGGAAUGGAUCGGCCCUGCCUUCUGUCAGUGGUUUGUGAAGGAAGCUUUGAACUCCUAUAAGUACGACUCAAGCAUGAGGCGACUGCUCAAGCAUCUGAACUUCUACGUCAUGCCCGUCUUCAACGUGGAUGGAUAUCACUACAGCUGGAAACGUGAUCGUUUUUGGAGGAAAACACGAUCCAAAAAAGCCAAGUACCACUGCCGUGGUGUCGAUGCCAACCGCAACUUUAAAGUGAAGUGGUGCGAAGAAGGCGCCUCCACACACCCUUGUGACGACACCUACUGUGGCCCGUUCCCCGAGUCCGAGCCCGAAGUGAAGGCCGUCUCCCAGUUCCUGCGCAAGCACAAGAAACACAUGAGGGCUUACAUAUCCAUCCAUGCCUACGCUCAGAUGCUCCUCUAUCCUUAUUCCUACAAAUAUGGCAUCAUCCCCAAUUUUGACUGUGUGGAAACAGCGGCUCAGAGUGCCGUGAGCGCCCUUUACUCCGCAUACGGAGUCAGAUACAGAUACGGCCCUGCCUCCACUACACUGUACGUAAGCUCAGGCAGUUCUAUCGAUUGGGCCUACAAGAACGGCAUCCCCUAUGCUUUCGCAUUUGAGCUGCGUGAUACAGGUCAUUAUGGUUUCCUCCUGCCAGAGGCCCUGAUUGGUCCCACCUGCACCGAGACCAUGAGGGCAAUAAGGGCCAUCGCCUCAGGCCUGCUGAAGAAAUGCACCGGAUGAAGAAAUAGUGCUCUGCUCCGCUCUCCCUCUCUCUCUCUCUCUCUCUCCCCCUGUAUGCCCUAGGCUCCAGCCCUGAGUGUUCACCUGUCCCUGCACCAAUGCUGAUACUCCAAAAACGUGCUAUGUAUAUUUCCAGGAAAGCUGACUCUCGAAUAACAGGAGCGGAUUUGGCUGGAGAACUUAAUGCUACUUUGCAAAAAAAACGAAACUAUACUUGAUCAUUUCUAUCAUGCAGUGAUUUUAGUGCCUUUACAUUGCCUCAUCAACUGUCAGAGAAAUGUUGCCUGAAAGCAACGCACUUUUUAAGAAGUGUCUCUCUUUGUGAAACGUAGUACAGCUGUCGAGACAAAACCAGACCACUUUUAGCACUUGCCAAAACAAGAACCUCAGUACGUAAGAAGACCGACCAAAGAGUGUAAAUAUUGUAUACUUGUUUUCUAUAAUUUUAAAAAUAAUUUCUGGAUGCCUAUGUAACAGAACUAAAGCGAGACUAUAGCCGGGUUUAAUGUGAAAUGAGCUGAAUUGAUCUUCAUUGUAUUACAGUUAUGUGAUAUAUAAAAUAAAUGUAUAUUAUAC